AUGAGGGAUGCCGUAGGCUUGCUGGCCGUUGGUGCAUCUUCUCGGGAGAAACACCCCCUCAAGUUCUUCGCCCGUUUGCGAGGCCCCUGUCCUCCCGCCUUCGGGGCAGAGUUCAGGACCAUCUCCACGGGCAACGGGGUGCACACCCAGGGCUCCCUGGGGCCCAUCCCUCCCAGGACAGAGACCCCCGGGCAUGACGGUGUCUUUGUUUGGCUUCGGGAUCGGGGUGAUGCUGGCCUCACCGAGCGAGUUGGAAAGUGUCCCUCCUCUUCAGCUUUGGGGGAACGUCGGAGACGGGUCGGUGCCGGUUCUGAGAUCGUGCUGGUCGUGUUCUUCGGGACGGAGUACGUGGUCCGCCUCUGGUCCGCCGGCUGCCGCAGCAAGUACGUGGGCGUCUGGGGGCGGCUGCGCUUCGCCCGGAAGCCCAUCUCCAUCAUCGACCUCAUCGUGGUCGUGGCCUCCAUGGUGGUCCUCUGCGUGGGCUCCAAGGGGCAGGUGUUCGCCACCUCGGCCAUCAGGGGCAUCCGCUUCCUCCAGAUCCUGCGGAUGCUGCACGUGGACCGCCAGGGUGGCACCUGGAGGCUGCUGGGCUCCGUGGUCUUCAUCCACCGCCAGGAGCUGAUCACCACCCUGUACAUCGGCUUCCUGGGCCUCAUCUUCUCCUCCUACUUCGUGUACCUGGCCGAGAAGGACGCCGUGAACGAGGCGGGCCGCGUGGAGUUCGGCAGCUACGCCGACGCCCUGUGGUGGGGAGUGGUCACGGUCACCACCAUUGGCUACGGGGACAAGGUGCCCCAGACGUGGGUCGGGAAGACCAUCGCCUCCUGCUUCUCCGUCUUCGCCAUCUCCUUCUUCGCGCUCCCAGCGGUGAAGAAGAAGAAGUUCAAACUGGACAAGGACAACGGGCUGAGUCCGGGAGAGAAGACGUUCACGAUCCCUCACAUCACGUGCGACCCGGCUUCGGAGGAGCGGCGGCUGGACCCCUUCUCCGCCGACGGCUACGACAGUGCCGGGCGCCUGAGUCCUACUGUGGCUGGUGCCCGGAGUCAGCAGAAGGGGUGGCCCCCACACAGACCCCUCCCAGGGGCGUGGGCACCGGGCACUCCACUCACUGUCGCUCCCAGGCCCACCCCUCCCCUCGCGGACCUGGUCCUGGGACCCACGGGUGCCCGUGGCUGUGAGGACGGCGGCACUGUCCCCCGUGUGGCCCAGCUCCUGUCCUUCACCCUCCGCACCCACGGGGGCGGUGCCCGGCCCACCCAGCACUUGGUUCACGGGCAGGGGACCCGCUGUGUCCUCUGUACCUCGUGA